AUGUGGCAAUCAACACCCCCAGUAUCUCCUCGGACACCGAGUGUGGCAGGGCAGGAGACAAAAACCCCCCUCUUCUCACCGACCCUCAUCUCCCCCCAAGUCACCGCGGAACUCCCCCCAGACUACACAAUCCGACCCAUCCGCCGCUCCGACUUCCACCGCGGCUACCUAGACGUGCUGCGCGUGCUCACCACCGUCGGCGACAUCAACGAAGAGCAGUGGAACGCGCGCUUCGACUGGAUCUGCUCCCGCAACGACGAGUACUACCUGCUUGUCAUCUGCGACGGGGAGGGCCGCGUCGUCGGCACGGGGAGUCUGAUUGUGGAGCGCAAGUUCAUCCACUCGUUGGGGCUGGUGGGCCAUAUUGAGGAUAUUGCUGUUGAGAAGAAUCAGCAGGGGAAGAGGUUGGGGUUGAGGGUUAUUCAGGCGUUGGAUUAUGUUGCGGAGCGGGUGGGGUGUUAUAAGACUAUCCUCGACUGCUCCGAAGUCAACGAGGGAUUCUACCUCAAGUGCGGGUUUAAGCGGGCGGGUCUGGAGAUGGCUCAUUACUAUUGA